AUGGAAGAAGGAACCGCCAGUACUAUCACUGCUCCCUUGGAACCUCCACCGCUCCCCUACUCACUACGGACAAGGAAGAAGUCAAUCGCAUUUUUCUGGAUACUGUUUGUUUUUGAUACCCUUGCCCAGCCUGUAGCACUCUACUUUGGUCUAUGGUACGGCACGAACCUAUCGCAUAACUUGGUCUUCACCAUUGUGACGGCUGCGUUGGGCGGAAUCUCGGUAUUUGAAUACUUCUAUCGGCUCUAUAACUUGUUUCGAAAAGAUUCUCACGCCCGGCCGUUGAACGCUCGGAAGUCAUGGUUGGACUUCUUUCAUAUCAACUUCACAAUCGUCUGGUUGAUCCUCGCCGUUGAGCUUAUCGUAGGAACGGUGCAAGAAGAGCCUUAUGUGCGGCUAGUAGCCAUGGUACUCCCAAGUGUUAUGUUCUACUUCGGUGGUGUCUAUCUGGCCCUGGAUAUCCUCCGUGUCCUCGGUUUCAAGGCUCCGUUCCGAAUUUCUUCGACGCCAAAGGGCUCUACAAUGCCGACGGCCCUAUACGUCAUGAUCGAAGAUGUGGUCGCGGUUGAUGGAGGUGGAGGCCAGAAAUACCGGUAUGCUCUUCGAGUCCGGUAUUUAUCCAGCCCAUACUUUCGGCGUAUGUUGUUUCAAAUGAAUUGCUUCUGGGCCGGAGGUUCUAUCAUUUUCGCCGCCGUCAUCACUGCUCUUGUCUUCACCACGCCAGCACCAGUCGCAUACACACUUGGAUGGUCCUUACCUUUCGCUUGGGCCGGCGUCUGGACACUAAUUACCAUCCCAUGGAUCCAGAGCGACCUUCGUCGGGAGAAGAAAGCCUGGGCGGAAAAUCGCGGUCAAGGAGGCAUUCCCUACACGGAUGACAUCAGCGCGCCUACAGAUCAGACUAGGCUAGAGACAAUGCAUGAACAUCUGCCCAAUUUAUGGCCUUGGGGCCGCGAGAAAAACAAGAAGGAAAAGCCGUCAACCCAGUCCACACCCACAGAUGGCCAGUCAAACGUGUGAUUCAUUGACCGUUCAUAUGACGGAAAUGCUAAAAAAAUUCUAUUCAUUCUCCCCUUCCUGUUUAUCACCUUUGCGUGCUUGGCAAGCACGCUUACACGGACAUAAUGGUUCAUUGGCAACACUGGUUGGCUUAACUACGCUAAGAGCUCUGAUAUAUCACCUCGACGGGUACUGAGUAUAGUGACCCAGAUGUGAACAGCAAAGCUUAUGACGAGAUGUGUAAACGUGUACCCAAUGUAUUGUAUAUAGAUACCCUAGCUCUAUUGGAUUCCGGCCAAAUGUACAUUUUUACCCGAUAUAUGUGUUAAGCUGUUGAUGAGGCUGCUAGUUAAGCUUAAAGUAGCCACUUCAAUCGCACUCAAAUCACUAUCAUGGUCGAUUGAGUCUCAUCCUAAUCCAACGUCAACCCCCGUCCACAGUGGGCAGGGCUGCCAAGCUUUGUGACGCGGCGGACGUGCACGCCCCACGAGCUUGGCCUUGGGGCAGCAGGACGUCGCAAUACGUCUAGACACAGAUAGCUUCGCCC